UUAAUUUGUCUUUUAUACCGCCUUAUUCGCCUCAUUUUGGUGGUUUGUGGGAGGCGGGAGUGAAGUCUUGUAAGCAUCACCUACGACGAGUUGUAGGUAAUUCACACUUAACGUACGAGGAAUUCAGCACGGUAUUGGCACAGAUAGAAGCCGUCCUGAAUUCCCGUCCUAUACACCCAAUGUCCGCAGAUCCAAACGAUCUUCGUCCACUCAGCCCUGGUCAUUUCCUCAUCGGCCGACCGUUGACCGCACCAGCCUGCAGCGACCUCACGGCGACGGCAUCACACCGACUGACGCGCUAUGAUCGAGUGGAACAAAUCCGACAACAAUUUUGGCAGAGGUGGUCUAAGGAGUACAUAUCCGAAUUGCAGACGAGAACUAAAUGGAAAACGGACAAGAAAGACAUCGUACCGAACACCCUGGUUCUAAUCAAAGAAGACAACCUGCCGCCACUCAAAUGGCGUCUUGGACGAGUGCAGCAAACAUUUCCUGGCAAAGACGGCAUAUCCCGAGUAGCUAACCUCAAAACGGCGACUGGGAUUAUACAACGGGCAUACUCAAAAAUCUGCCCACUUUUACAUAAUGCAGAGGACUACAACGAGAGUCUCACAACACACAUAUCGUAAUCAGCAUCCUGUAUUUACCUCAUUGGAAGCUGGAGCUUCCAAGGCGGGGGCCAUAUGUUUACGCAUCAACUCCUCCUUCGCAAAGUCGGGAAAGACGCAGGCAGCGCGGCGAGGGAGGGGACGGCAAACCGGCGGACCGGCGAGCUCCGCAGCGCGAACACACACAACCACCUUCACUUCUGAACGGGACUCAACAGCUACAAGACGCGCAAUAUUAUGUACAAUAUUAUUUUACAUUAAAACCAAAAAGAAUUCAAUAGUAUUUGUAAUUUAACGGCAGACAUCACAAACCACCUAAGAAAACAAAU